AUGGUGUCGAGCAAAGGGGGGCGCGCUCUGCGCGACGACUUUGUCAUGACGCUGGAUUCAGAUGACGAGGUAGACGUCGAUGUGAAGGAGACUGAGCCGGAGCUGCCGCGCAAGGGCCAGAAGGCGAGCAUCAACGCGCGCGAAAAGAUUGUCGACGAUGGCAAGCGUGCGAAGCGUGCGCCUGAUGCCAAUGAGACGCUCGAGAUGGACGAGUUUGAGUUUGACGAUGGCAUGGAUUCCGGUGCUACAGGAAACGUGCAUGACUGGAACUUUCACGUGGACCGCGCGAAAGGCGCGAAUAGCGCCGAAGCCUCGCGCCUGACGGUCGACGACAUCAUUGAGCGGCGUCGCGCCGCGCAGUCCAAGCCUGUACUUGCCGAGGUCAUGGGCGAGGACGAGGAGGGUGCGUACGAAAGUGAAGAGAGCGAUGGCGAAGGAUUCGGCAGCGGCGCACGAGCAGUGGAAGACGGCGAAGAGGAGGAAGAGGAGGAAGAGGAGGAGGACCCUCUGGAUGAAGGGGAAGACGAGGACGAGGACGAGGAGGAAGAUGAGGAAGAGGAACACGAGGAAAUCGAUGAGGACGAGGACGAGGAUGAGGACGAUGCCGAUGACGAACGCAAGACACAGUACUUUGCGACAGAAGACAAAGAGACCAAGCCUGAAGUCCUGUCGUUCUCUGCGCUCCGUCUGAACCGCGCGCUCCUGCGUGCCCUCGACGCGAUGAACUUCCACAAACCGACGCCGAUCCAGGCGCGUACCAUCCCCAUUGCACUCGCUGGCAAGGACAUUGUGGCCGGCGCGGUGACCGGCAGUGGUAAAACGGCCGCUUUCCUUAUCCCCAUUCUCGAGCGUCUCUCGUACCGCCAGAAAGGUGUCGAGGAUGCACGGUCGCGUGUUGUGAUUCUGUGCCCCACGCGCGAGCUCGCAAUCCAGUGCCACAGUGUCGGUGUGGCGCUUGCCAAGUUUAUGGACGUGCGUUUUUGCCUGUGUGUCGGUGGUCUGUCGGUCAAGUCGCAAGAGGCCGAGCUCAAGAUGCGCCCUGAUAUCAUUAUUGCGACGCCCGGCCGUCUUAUUGAUCAUAUGCAAAACAGCUCGUCGUUCGGUAUCGAGGACAUUGAGAUUCUCGUUAUGGACGAGGCCGAUCGUAUGCUCGAGGACGGAUUUGAGGCGCAGCUCAACGAGAUCGUGCGCUCGUGCCCCACUCAGCGCCAGACGAUGCUCUUUUCCGCGACAAUGACGGACGACGUCGACCAGCUGGUGCGUCUCUCGCUCGAGCGCCCGGUGCGUUUGUUUGUCGACCCCAAGCGCUCGACUGCCGCCAAGCUCAUCCAAGAGUUUGUGCGUGUGCGUGUGCCGGCGAACCUGUCUGCGGCCGAGCGCAAGAACGCCGAGGAUGGCCAGCGUGCGUCGCUGCUCCUCUCUCUGUGCAUGCGUACCUUCCGCGACCAGGUCAUCAUUUUUGUGCGCAGCAAGAAGCUCGCGCACCAGCUCAAGAUCAUUUUUGGUUUGCUGGGCCUCUCCGCGGCCGAGCUGCACGGUGAUUUGAGCCAGGAGCAGCGUCUGCAGUCACUCAUGAACUUCCGCGACCGCAAAGUCGACUUUUUGCUCGCGACCGACCUCGCGAGUCGUGGUAUUGAUAUCCGUGGCGUGCAGACCGUCAUCAACUAUGAUAUGCCCGCUCAACUCGAGCCGUAUUUGCACCGUGUCGGUCGUACGGCGCGUGCCGGACGCCACGGUCGCUCCGUGACGCUUGUCGGCGAGGCCGACCGCCGCCUGCUCAAGGCCGUGCUGAAGCGCACGCCGCCCGAGCAGGUGAAGCACCGCCUCUUGUCCGCCGACGUCAUCCAAAAGGUCAGCGAUGCGAUUGAUUCGCUCAAGCCCGAGAUCGAGCAGGUGCUUGCAGAGGAGAAGGAGGAGCGUGCGCUGCGCCAGGCUGAGAUGCAGCUGCAAAAGAGCGAGAAUAUGCUGGCGCACCAGGACGAGAUCUACUCGCGUCCCGCGCGCACCUGGUUCCAGAGCGAAAAGGAUAAGGCGGAGGCGAAAGGCGCCUCGCGCGAAGAGUACGUCAAGAAGAUGGACGCGGCUGCGGCGGCCGAGAAGCGUAAAGGCAAGGACCGCUUUGCGGGCCUGUCACGCCGGCAGAAGCGUGUGCGUCUGAUGAAGGAGGAGGAUGCGAAGGAGAACUUUUCGCGCGACAUCGACGCGAGUAUCCGUGCUGCGAAGCGCGCGCAGCGCCCCACCGAGCUCGGCUCGAGUGCACCCAAGUACAACCCCAAGCCGCCCAAGUCCAAGAAGCGCAAGAUCUCGAAAGAGCUCACGUCCAGCGACAAGGGCGGUGCGUUUGGGCGCGACAUGAGUGCGAGUCGGUCCAAGCCAUCCAAGCCCAAGCCUUCACCCAAAGGCAAGGCACCCGGCAAGGCGCCGCGCGGGCGCGGGCGCCGGUAG